CAGGUCUCUAAGAGAAAGCUUCUCUUAAGCCUGCUCCUCCGCGAAAUGUCUGUCAAUUUUCUUUUCGUUAUCUUCGGCGGGAUUGUUCUUAGCCUGGUAGAUAAUGCAAGGAUUUUGCCAAGAGUUAAAAGACAAAGCUUAAAAGUGAGGAUUACUGCAAAGGAUGACAGUAUUGUUCUGCAAUAUCUUAGCACCAGCCCCGUUAUCAAGCUUCAAGGCUAUGUUCUUGGACUCGGAGGUCGAUUCUCCAGGCAGAACAUCACGCUGCCUGGCAAUGGGGAUCCAAUCGAGGUUGAUGUUGAUUUCAACCCCAAGUACCUUGUUGCGGUUCAUCCCGUGGCUGAGCAGAACAAUGCUGCCUUAGGGAAGAAAUGCAAAGGUAUUCCUGAUCUUCACAAGCCGCCACAGAUAUCAAUAGAUCCUCGAACCCCUACCUCAGUGUAUCUCACAUGGGCGAACGGUUUUAAAGAUAAAGGUUAUAAGGUUGGAAAGGAAUGUGAAAAUGAAAGGCAAUAUACUGUCCGGUACAGAGAAAAAGAACGAGACAAGAAAUGGAAGUAUCACUUAUGCCCAACAAGUGAAACAACCAUAGACAACCUGAAACCAAACACUGUCUAUGAAUUUGGGAUACGGGUUACUAAAGCAAAAGAGGAUGGUGUUUGGAGCAAGCCCACGAUCUAUACCACUACCAUGAAUCCUCAACCGAGAAGCACAAAAAAUGACCAAAAGGAAGAGAAAUUAAAUAAGAUUGAAGUAAACUUUAAUAGUGAAAAUCCCAAGCAUCCAAGGAAAUCUGAGUUACCAGGAAUGACUAAUAUUAAAGGAAUGACAGCAGUAAAGCAAUUAGGUGCACCUAGUUCAGCGCACAAUCGAACAAACUUGAAACUACUUCCUAAAAAGCCUGAGCUUAGUACAAAAGCAGUCGUGGGUGGCCAGUCAACUUCCAACAAUGCAGAUAUCCAUCCUGAGAAAAGCUCAUCACCAAAACCUGCUAUUACAAGGAAACCAGAGCAUACUCGUGAUGAGUUACUUGACAAGGAAGGAAUAAAAGAAGAGACUACAAAUACUGUCUCUAAACCAUCACUGAAAGGAAGCAAAACAAGAAAAGAAAAUGAGAAACCAGCAAUGAAGCCCUUAACAACAAAAGAAUCCAAGCUGUCAUCCUCAGUCAGUCCAUCCUUCCCAUCAAAGCCUCUGUUUAAUUCUGACAGAACAGAAAUUCAGUUACCUGGUUUCCUCACCCCAAGCACAGCUUCUGAACUUGAUACCUUGGAUAAAUUCACAGAACCUGAGACACCAUCACCCACCAUUAUGCCAUUCAUUGCAUUAAGAACAACUUCUGACCAUGCUGAUGUGGGCAAUCAGGAUCUUCCAGAAAUUGAGUUGCCAUCCUCCAGCAAUUCAUUUUUAAACAUCUCAGACACUACAUCUGCAUUAGAUUCCGUGGAAACCAAGCAGUUCUCAGAACCUGAGAUGUCACCUACAAGCAGUAAACUUUUCGAACCAACAUCUGAACCUGAUGACACGGAUACACAACAAUUCACAGACCGUAAGCUGACAAACUCUGACACUUAUGCAUUCAGUACAGCCCCUAUAUCUGAACGUGGUAACAUAGAAGACCAAGAAUUUAAAGCCCUUAAACCAACAAAUUCUGAAACUUCUCACGCGUUCAGUUCAACUCCAAAAUCUGAACUUGAUAACAAAGAAGACAAGGAGAUCACAGAUUAUGAACAGCCAACAUCUGGCACUCCAAAUAUGGUCAGUGAAACCCAGGAAUCUGCACUUGAUAACAAGGAUUUGGCAGAAUCUGAUCCUCCAUCAGAUAGUUCUUCCAUCAUCACCUCAAAUCCAAUGCACAAAAUUGAUGCCAAGCAGGACCACACAGGACCUGAGACACCAUCAACUGUUGCUCAGUUUCCCUCCGCUAUUUCUGGCAGUACUCAAGAAAGUUCGCCUGUCUUCAGAUCAACCCCAGUAUCUAAUAUUGAUGGCCAGGGGCAAGAAAGAUUUAGAGGCCCUCAUGUGAAAUAUAUGACAAAAAUAAACAUGCCUUGCUCCAUUACUGAAUCGCUGAAGCAUUUUCAAGAGGAAAACAUUACAAAUGCAAAAGCCUUAACUGCUCCAAGAUAUCCACCUUCAAACCUUACCCUUGUGACCGUUGAAGGCUGUCCUACCUUUCUCAUAGUUGACUGGAUGAACAAUGAAAAUGACACUGCAAGCGAGUAUGAAGUUGUAUCACAAAUGCAAGGUCCAGACAACAAAACAGAGAAACUUAUUACUAUUACCAAUCAAACCCAUGCUGCAGUGGAAAAUCUCAAACCAAACACUAGCUAUACAUUUUCCGUGACACCCACAAACAUACAUGGCAGAGGCCCAUCUAGUGAACCACUUCCUUUUGUUACAGAAUCAGCGGACCCCAGCGUAAGUGAAUACAUACCAGGGAAAGAUGCAAUCUGGACUCAGUACAGCUUCAAGUUUGAUUCGUAUUCAGAAUGUCAGGGCAAGCGAUUUGUUAAACGAACCCGUUACAGGAAAUUUGUCGGCAUUGUUCUGUGUAACUCUCUGAGAUACAAGAUUUACCUCAGUAAUUCCCUCUCAGGCAUUUUCUACAACAUCGGAGAUUUAUCAGGGCAUGGGGAAGAUCACUGUCAGUUUGUGGACUCCUUCCUGGAUGGUAGAACAGGCGAACAUCUCCUUCCUGAACAACUACCAAUCAGACAAGGUUUUUAUCGAAGUGUUCGCCAAGAGCCAGUUAUGUUUGGCACAAUAGGUGGGCAAACACACAUCAACUAUGUCCACUGGUAUGAAUGUGGUAUAGCCAUACCUGGGCAAUGGUGAGUCAAACUUCUAUCAAUCAAGAAGAAAUAGGAAAGACCAAAGGAACCGAGUUGUUAUAUUCUAUUGAUAUUGUUCCUUAUAUUCAAUGUAAGAUUCAAAUAGACCAUGUGAUGUACGGAGUGUUAUUUUUAAGCCGCAUUGAAAUACUUACAUAAUGUGGUACAGGGUCAAUUGUACCCAUUCUAAGGCACAUAAUUGAAAUUAUUCCACAAGUAAAAUGGCUUUAGAACAAUAUAACCACACAGCUGGGCAGUAAACAGUCACAUCAAUAAGAUGUUCAAGCAAUUUUCUGACCAACUUUCAUUUAUAAAAAGGCCAGAUGACAAAAAUUAUGUGCUACUUUCAAAAGUAGUAGUGGCCAUUAGAAAAUUGAUGUAAACAUCUAAGUACGUUAAAAUAAAUUAAUCCUCACUUCUCGCCCAGAAUGCUGUAAAUAAACGGCUAUUUGGUCAAUACAGUUUGCUUUAUUUAUCUGAACAAACCCCCUAAUUUUUUUUUCAAAACACGAGCUUUGAUAUUGGGAAGCUGGCUCCCUAUACCAUCAGUUCUGAAUAUAAUUGUUUAAAUGUUAUUUAUCAGGAAUGUAUUUAAAAAAAAAACAGAACAUAAAUUGUAACUUCUAUUCACAAAGUGUUGGAGAAGGUUUUUUAUUUAGAUGUAUUGUAACUAAUGGGCUUCAGGAACAGAAUGGAGAAAUUUCUUUCAUUGUGUACCCUGAACACCAAACAGUUCCUGUACCAACUGUACCCAAAAUAAUAGUGUAGUGUAUGUGUUGCUUUGUCCAAAAGAUGUAUUGAAAACAAAGAGGUACCUAUGAAAAAAAAGCCUCUUGUUUCUGCUCAUUAAGCUGAUUGUUACAUUAUUUUAUUCAGUACUGAACAAAACAAAAUAUUUACAGCCAGGAUUUUUGUUUUACAGACCCAAUUUGUAAUUUUUUUUGAUUAAUGCAUGUAUAUAUAUCCACAUUAUGGUGAGCAUACCAGAAUGUACAUUCACAAAUAACCCGAUGGAAACAUCUAAUUACAAUAGUGCCCCAUUGAAAUCAUUGGCUAACAAACAUCUACAUAUCCAUUUAAUGAUGCUUACUACUGUUGCUCUUGCGGGUUUUCUUUCAGUACUUGCAGAUAUUUUAUUCCCUUAUAUUCUUACCACAAAUGGAUAGGGGCAUUGCUAUAGACUUUUUUAAAAAUGUACAUUGUAAGUAGCUUCGCUGGAGCAAUUUUUACAUUUCAAAAGGCUGAAUUACCUGCAUAGCUCACAUAGAUGCUCAGCACCAAACAUCCGAGCGUGCAGAUAGGGCACUAAUCUCCAGCUUAGCUGCCAAGUGUCUGUAUGCAUCCAAAUCCUUAGUUAGUUAUUAACAUUUAUCCCAUUUCCUUAUAGAGAUGUUGCUCACAUGUUCAUGCACAUCACAAAAGUUUUCAAUAAUUUUUUUUAGAUGCUAUAACAAGUAUUCUAAGAGCUUCAUGGAAACACCAGACUACAUAAGAUCUCAUGUACCUGUUCAUUGUGGUAGAGAGAGAGAACCUAGUACCACAAGCCUCUCAUUAUCGUUUUUACAUUGUCAGACAUAAGCUAUGCCCAUAAUUAGGUUAACAGAUAUUUAAUCAAGCUUGUAUGGAAACAAGCAGUUAUCAAACAUUUAUUCAGUCCCUUCAGAAUCCCCAUCAUAGAAAUUCAGCAAACAAACAUUGUCUUCAAAGUGCUGAGUUAUCAUAAUUUUAAAAAAACCCUCAAGCACCAUUUCUAAGUGUCCAUAUAGAAAGGUUCAGUUUUCAAUCUCUGGCCCUACCACAGAAUUGCUGCAAACAAAGACUGAAAUGGUCAAUCAAACCUCCACCCACAACAGGUGCUCAGUUUAACAAAUACUCACAUAGACAUUUAGCUUCGUUGGCCUUGCAAUUUAUUCAAUAUUUGUGGAGGUUUUGGCCUCAUAUUCUGAUCACAAAUGGAUACUAUAGGUUAAGUAAUGCAUACUAAUAUAUAGUUUUUCUCCCAUGUGACAUUGCUAGUUACACAAGUUUGUUUGUGAAACGAUGGCUGCAGUUUGUAUUUAGAUUGUCAGCAGCCUUACUUAUGCAGAGUUUUUGAUAAAUUUUGCAAGGCUGCUUGCAGCAGUCAUUAAUGCUGUCAUACUCUUGAGAAUAAAACAUAAUUAAAAUGUAAAACUUAAUGUGAACCUUAUUACCUGAUGGUUUUAUGGCUGUGAAGACACGCACACACAAUCCAUUCUUGCUGGAUGCCAAAUCAAAAGACACUUCAACAAAUAUGAAAUUCAAAAGGAAGUUCAUUACUUUAUAGACUCUAUGCUUUGUAAUUACCACUUUUAAAAAUGCAAGUACUUUAUUAGGAAGUUUUUCAAUAACUUCAAGAGCCAUUUGGUACGUCCUGAACUGUAGUCCUGUUGCUGGAAAAAUAGCAACAAGUUUGCACAUAGAAAGCUCCCACAAACAACAAGGUGAUUACUAAAACAGAUUGUCCAAGGCAUCGGGACUAACUAUUCUUCAAAAUCGUACGAUGCAUCAUUUACCUUCCCCUCAAUUAACAAACAGAUCUAUAGACAACUGUCUCAUCUAUUCAAUGGCACUGCCAGAACUGGAUCAUUUCUCAGUAUUGCACUGGAUGUCUAUUUGGGUAUCUCCUUAUGUGACUUCAAACAUCUGUGAGGCAUCUGAAAGGUGCCAUAUGAAUACACAUUUUAUAAAUAUGUGGAGAUAUAUGCCCACAAACAAAAUAAAUGCUCAAUUUCUUGGUUCUUCCAAGACAUUGGUAAGUCAAAUAAUAGACGAAUUUCUUAUUUAGGGGCAUUGCUAUUUUUCUCCCUGUGUGGUAAUGCUUGCUGAACAAAGGAGCCUUUGAGAUUGCAGAAUGCAUAUUAGUAACAGUAAGUGCACAGAAAAGAUGGACUAUCUUUCUAUAUAUCCAGUCCUGCCCAUCACUUCCAUUGGCUUAAACUAUUUCAUCUAUUUCACAUAAAGACCCAAUACAUCAUCAAAAGACAUGAUGUAGUCAUGUUUGAUGCAUGUGGACCUAGGGUCAGAAUUCUUACUCAAGCCUACUUUGGCAUAAAGCUGAGAGGCCAGAUGCAGUGUAUCUGGCUUGUGCUGAAGAGACAUCACUGCUUUAACAUUGGGAUUUAUGGCUAGUCUAGCAGGAAAGCAGAUGGUCAGCU